CGCUAUUAUAUAGAUAUAUGUAAAUUAAGUAAAGAAGAAACACAUUAUUCAAAAAUAAAUACUUAUACAUAUAAUUCUCAAAAUGACCACAUCGAAUACGAUUGUUUUGAAGAGUCUUUCCAUACUGCUCGGAUUAUUCUUCAUCUUUGUGGGAUUACUUAAGUUGACACCAGCUAUUAGCAAGGAUUUGUUCAAGGACUUGCGAACAGAAUAUGUUAAAUAUGCCAAAGUUUUUCCACUGGCCACAAUGUUUGGCUUCAAAGUGCCCUCGAAGUGGUAUCGUCGAACUGUUGGUAUUCUGGAGAUAACUUGCGGGCUGGCUAUGGCACUUAUUCCAUAUCAUAAAGUAAAAAAUGCUGCCAAUGUAACUCUGUUGCUAUUAAUGAUUUUGGGUGUCUAUCAACACUGGAUGGUCAGUGAUCCAUUCGAACGAUCUGGACCGGCGCUUGUAUUUACAUUCAUGCUAGGCGGACGACUUGUUGUAUGGUAUCAGACAAGUCGGAAAGACAGUGAAUUAGCAGCUGCCACACAACCACAAACGAAUGGCGUAAAACAGGAUUAAGAACUCAAUAAGACAUCGUAGAAAGCAGAUAUUCACAAUCAUCCCAUUUUAAUAAAAUAUAACGCAUAAUUAUCUAUGAGAAAAAAAUGUCUCGCACAUCACAUCCCAUCACAUCAGACAUAAGAUAAACAUACAUACAUACAUCAAAGCAAUCAAUUCAAUUACAACAAUGAUUAAAGUGACAAACCUCAAAAUCUAUUCAUAACAUCAUACAUCUAAAAAUCUCUAAUUCAACAUUCUCAUAACUGCACAAUCACCAUUUUGUAUGAUAAAUUACUGUUUAUUUGAAAUUAAAAUUAAAACCCGUUGUAAAUCCAAAAGUCUACCAUAAAAUGUGCUCAACACACUGUCAGUAAAUAUAUACACAUAAUUAUCAUAUAAUGAACGUUUUUAACCGCACGAUUUAAUGCAUAUUAAAAUAAACUAAUUCAUAAAUGUGAUGUA